AUGAAGGCGAAUGAAAGGAGGCGCAAGGGGAAGAUCGAUCAACUGCUGGAUGACUGCGAAGUUAGGAAUCGUUUGGUUAGCCGUGGGGCCUGCGGUAUCAAGGACCGCAAGCUGGCAGAGGCGUUGGUUGGUAGUCGGGAAGAACAACAGGCAAUUCUUCAGGACGUGACGCGGACGCGAACGGACUCACCGGUGUUUGGCGACGAGAAAGCGCGACAGUGGCUCCAGCGAAGCGUCUCCCUGUACUGCAGGGAGAGGGGCUUGAGGUACUCUCAGGGCCUCACCCACCUGGCGGCACCAUGGGCACUGAUCACAGACCCUCCGUGCCUCGACGGCUUCAGCUACAGGUGCUUCCGCUCUUUCGUCGACCGGUUUGCGCCGAACAUUUUUUCGACAGCCCAAGAAGAGGCCGGCGGCGGGACCACACUUGUGGUCCUCGAGGCACACCUGGUGCUGCUGGAGCAGCUCCUGCGGUUCCACGACCCCGCUCUCGCGGCGCACAUGGACAAGUGUUUUGUGUCGCCCGCCGCCUACGCGACCCCAUGGUUUGUCACCCUUUUCGCGAGCCAGACGCCAGCCCCCGCCCUCCUCCACCUCUGGCGACUCAUGCUGGAGUACGGCGACCCCGUGCUGCACCAGUUCUUGUCGCUGGCGUGGCUCGUGAGCAACCGCCUCGUCCUCAUGGAGACCCCGCCUGACGACAUGCCGGCGACGGUCUCCGGGCUGCGGCUGCGGUCCGCCGGGGUUGUGGACGACGUCUUCCGCGCCGCCGUGGCGCUGAGGGAGUCAACGCCGCGCCUGUUCUGCGACGUGCUGAGGAGGGCGUGCUUUGCCGAAGACCAGGAGGGCGAUGGCGGUGGUUCGUGCGAGGGACGGGGGGCGCCCGCCGGAGGGGAGCAGCAAUCAGGACCCCCCGCCGGGGGACCGGCGGCGGAGCCGAGGGUUUCUCUGCUGCAAGGGUUGAGGGCGGAGGGGGUUCUCUCCGUGGACGCUGACCAAGUAGCCGAGAUCCUUCUCGCAGGCCCGUCGUCAACAGCCGCCCCCGGCACCACCACCACCACCGCCGCCGCCGCUCCCACGUCGCCGGCAACCGGGGACGAUGGCUGGCGUUCGGGGUCGGGUAGAAUCGGCGGAAGGUUUGUCCUUGUCGACUGUCGGCCCCCGGCGCCGGGGGGUGAAGGCCCCGCAGGCGGCGGCAUGCGCGCUGGCGGGGAGGCCGCGGGCGACGGUCGCGUAAUGUGGCGCCGUAUACGCCCGGCGGAGAGCUUCGGCAGGGAGGCGGCCGCGGUCGCUGAGGUCCUCCGGGAGGUAGGGGCUGGAGGAGACGCGCUACACGCGGCGGCGACAGCGGAGGCCGCUCUGCCUCCUUCGCGACAGCUGCGGCUGAGGCGGCAGCCCCCGAGUUCCGGCUCGCGCGCGAGGCGUCUCGCUCGUGCCUGA